AUGACACGGGGCUAGUUUACAAGCUGCUAGUCGGCGAGUUCGCGAGUAGCUUGUAAACUCGCUCCGUGUCAUUGAGCUUUUAACAAUCUGCUUUUAAAAAUCCGAUUGUAAAAAAGCAACUUGAAAAAAUAGAAAGCCGGGCUAAUUUACUAGCCACUCGCUGGCGUGUUGGCGUGUAAGCUAGUAAACUAGCUGUGUGUCAUCGUCGCUGCUAAUGAACUAGUUGCAAGCAUCUUUGUGUUUUGGCAGUUGUCAAAGGAAUUAUGUCAAAGGAAGUAGUUCGUGCGGGAGUAGUUAUUUUAGCUUAUGCUAUGAAGAAGGAUUUACAACGAAAACUAAAGAAAAACAGGAAACAGAAAAGAAAAUGGGUAAGAUCGUGGAUAGAAAAACGCGAUGAAUAUGGUGCUUCCAGUGGUUUAUUGAGAGAGUUGAAGGACCAAGAUCCUUCGGCCUAUAGAAAUAUGUUGAGACUAAACAGUUCCAAAUUUGAUGACUUACUGCAGAUGGUAGAUGGAAUGCUCAAAAAAAAUGAUACGACAAUGAGACCGGCAAUACCAGUUACCAUGAAAUUGGAAAUAACAUUACGUUAUCUAGCCACGGGCGAUUCUUUGAAGUCUUUAGAAUACCUGUUCAGAGUUCCGGAAUCAACUAUAUCGAAGUUUUUACCUGAAGUGCUAACAGCAAUUUCUCGUGCCCUUCGACCGUUCAUUCAGGUCCCAAAACAAGCUGAUGAAUGGAAAGAAAUCGAAAAUAAAUUUCUUCAGCGUUGGAAUUUUCCUAGAUGUUUUGGUGCAAUCGACGGGAAACACGUUAUCGUCAAGAGGCCGCCGUGUUCCGGUUCAGUCUAUUUCAAUUAUAAAAAAACCUACAGUAUAAUAUUAUUUGCUAUGGUUGAUGCCGAUUACUGUUUUAUUUACAUAGACGUAGGUGCAAAUGGACGAGCAAGCGAUAGUGCUAUAUUUAGAGAUAGUACAUUGAAUAUUGCGAUAGAAAACAAGACUCUUGGCUUGCCUGAAUACGGCGUUAUUACUGGAGAUGAUGCUUUCCCUUUGAGGACAAAUCUUAUGAAACCAUAUAGUAAAAUAGGUCUUAGUGCUGCCGAAAAAAUAUUCAAUUAUCGUCUUUCCCGUGCCAGACGAGUCGUAGAAAAUGCCUUUGGCAUACUAGUAUGGCGUUUCAGAAUAUUUUCAAGACCGAUUGAUUUGGCGCCAGAAACUAUCGAUAAAGUCAUUUGGGCUGCUUGUUGUCUUCAUAACUGGCUAAGAAAGACUGAUCCUGGUAACUACAUGCCACAACAAGCAGUAGACGGAGAGGACUUGAAUACCGGAAAUAUCACACCUGGACUUUGGAGGGAAAAUGCUACUAAUAUGCAGCCUAUUAAUCAUUUACGUGGAAAUCAUUACA